AUGGCGAGAGUUCUAGUCUCGUCUCCAUCUUCGUUCUUCGGUUCGCCUUUUAUUAAACCGUCUUCGUCUUCUCGUCACGGCGGUAACGGAGGAAGCGUUCAAUUCCUUCCAUACCGGAGUAGUAAUAAGCUCUCCACUACCGUACGAUUCAGCUUGAACGAGAUUCCUCCUUUCCAUGGCUUGGACUCAUCGGUUGACAUCGGAGCGAUUCUCACCAGAGCGGAGUCUAUGCUUUAUACCAUAGCCGACGCCGCCGUCGUUGGCGCUGAUUCAGCUGCCGUAUCAACUGAUUCCGCCGUGCAGAAGAGUGGUGGUUGGUUCGGUUUCAUCUCCGAUGGUAUGGAAUUGGUGCUUAAGAUUUUGAAGGAUGGACUCUCGGCUGUUCAUGUGCCGUACGCUUAUGGAUUUGCGAUUAUCUUGCUUACGAUUAUCGUCAAAGCAGCGACUUACCCUUUGACAAAGCAACAAGUUGAAUCGACCAUGGCGAUGCAAAAUCUUCAACCGAAAAUUAAAGCCAUUCAACAACGUUACGCAGGCAAUCAGGAGAGAAUACAACUAGAGACGUCACGUUUGUAUAAACAAGCUGGUGUAAAUCCAUUAGCAGGUUGCUUACCAACUUUAGCCACCAUACCUGUUUGGAUUGGUUUAUACCAAGCUCUCUCCAACGUCGCCAACGAGGGACUCUUUACAGAAGGAUUCUUUUGGAUUCCCUCUCUUGGUGGACCAACAAGUAUAGCUGCUCGGCAAAGUGGCUCCGGCAUAUCUUGGCUAUUCCCUUUUGUGGACGGUCAUCCACCAUUGGGAUGGUACGACACCGCCGCGUAUCUUGUUUUACCUGUUCUCCUUAUCGUCUCUCAGUAUGUGUCAAUGGAGAUUAUGAAGCCUCCUCAAACUGAUGAUCCUGCACAGAAGAACACACUCCUUGUUUUCAAGUUUCUUCCACUCAUGAUUGGUUACUUUGCAUUGUCCGUCCCUUCCGGAUUAUCUAUCUACUGGUUCACAAAUAAUGUACUUAGCACUGCGCAACAAGUAUGGCUGCGAAAACUCGGCGGCGCGGCGCCUGCAGUCAACGAAAACGCGAGCGGAAUCAUAAGUGCGGGAAGGGCAAAGCGAUCUAUUGCUCAGCCUGACGAUGCCGGCGAAAGAUUUAGACAAUUGAAAGACCAAGAGAAGCGGAGCAAGAAGAACAAAGCGGUUGCGAAAGAUUCUGCUGAACCGCUAGAGUCUGAAUCAGAAGAAGGGUCAGAUGAUGAUGAUGAGGAAGAAGAGGUUCGUGAAGGAGCGUUAGCUUCAAGCACAAGCAAGCCACUUCCUGAUGUUGGCCAACGAAGAAGCAAAAGAUCGAAGAGGAAACGCACUGUAUAG